CUCCGCCGGACUUGUUCAUCCUUGCGAGCGCGCGCGAGAGUUGGACUUUGACUUUUCGCCGCGCGCUUCGACUUGGAACUUCGUCUGAACGCAGUGCUGCGAUACAAAAAAUAAAACUAAACCAACAAGAAAACAUUCAGUGAACUUUUGUUUUUCAAAUAUAACCGCUAUAUUUAAUAACCAACCAUUUAACCAGUUAAUAAAUUAAACUUAAAUGUACGAGAACACUUAGUGAAAAUUAACUAUAAUCACAGUUUGAACUGAACACGAGUUUUAAACACAGUUUGCUACAUGGACGAAUAAUACUGGAGUGGAAAAACUAUCUUCUUCAUCACCAACUAUUAUUAUCCUCCUUUAAACAAAAAAUCACUCUGCUGCUCAUGGAUAUUUUUUAUUUUUGUUUAUGCGAGUGUCCGAAGACUACGUAAAUGGACUAUAACUUGCUCCCAACUUCCCUCCCUUCCAAACGGUAUUGACAUGGGCGACUAUUCUUAAGUGGGGGCCACCGCAAAAUUCAUCUGCCUGGGGCUGCGUAGAGGGGGAACCGGUACGACCAAUAACGCUUUAACUUAUAAUGUCAUCGGAGGAGGAGACAGAGUUCGGUUUGUACACAGAUAAACUCCUGAAGAAAAGCAAAAGAACCAGACAGCGCGUGGACGCCGGCGAGCCACGCAAUAGCUACUCGUCGAUACCGAACUUCAGUUCGCGGCCGACCUUCCUCGGCAACGGUAAUAGUUUGUACGGCGCGAUCUUCACGCAACAUCAACAGUUCGGUCUUUUCGGACCGGGUUUCGCGCCGGCGAAAAUGUUAAACGAACUGCUCGGCAGACAAAAGGCGCCGGCUUCGACAACGCCGGUGUCACAAGUGGGCCCAGUGGUGGAUGGCAACAACACAGAGAGCGAGGAUUCGGUGAAGUUCGACGCGGUGAUACGGUGUGGUGGCGGUGGUGUUGGUGGCGGUCUAACGGACGGCGGCGGGAGCCCGCCUUCGGGCGAACAACUCGCUCACCACAUGCUGCGCGAUAUCCUUCAGGGGCGCAAGCACGAAUUCCUCGCGCUGGAGCACGACCUGCGCAACGGCGCACAGGAUCACAACAUCAUGAAUAACAAUAACAACGAACCGAACAAGGCAGACACCGACCGCAGCCAGGAUGCCGCGGAUGCUGCGGCUGUGGUUGCGAUGAAGGAAUGCCUAGUGGAGGCGGGUGUCGUGGGCGAGCGCCAGCAGGCGGAGCUGAUGGAGGAGGCGCUCAACGGCAUGGAGACGGAAUCGUUGCCGUCGCCGAAAGUGGAGCCGUCCAGCCCCGCUAAGCCAGAGGAUGCGAAGAAGGCGCGCGUGGAAAAUAUUGUCUCAGGUAUGCGCUCCAGCCCAGCGCCGCAGCAGGUAAACGGUUGCAAAAAGCGCAAACUCUACCAGCCACAGCAACACGAUAGCAAUGCUGACCGAUACAUCGAUGACGAAGAAGAGUUGAUGAUGGAAGAGCCCAUCCGGCAGAAGCGCGUUGAGAAGAACGCUCUUAAGUCGCAGCUGCGCACAAUGCAGGAACAGCUCGCCGAGAUGCAGCAGAAGUACGUGCAGCUGUGUACCCGCAUGGACCAGGGAUCAGAAGAGAGCCAGGAGAUCGAGGAGUUACCUAGCGAUAGUGAGCAGAGCAAAAGAUCGGCGCCCGCGUCGCCAGUGCCGUCAGUAACGACGCCAACCACGACGCAGCCGCCAACGUUGGCGCAGCAGGUGAGCAAAUUGAAGAUUAGUCCUCCGGGUGGCCGGCCGUUUCACAACGGUCUGCUGCAUGAAAACCCACACCUUAGCAAUGCCGCCGCCAUGUAUUUGGGCGUUAGUCACAAACUGAUGCUGGAGCAAGAGGCACGUAUGGUCAAGGAGGCGGCAGCCGCCGCUUCAAUGGCCGAGUCGCAGUCUCAUGCCAGCCAACAAGUUCCUCAUCCGACCAACAACCACCACCACAGCCACCAUCAUCAACAGCCGCAUCAUCCGCAUCACCAUUCGCAGAAACCCGAGAACUUUGCUGAUCGGCUAUCAAUGAUGCGCAACAUGACGACACCCACUGGAACCGACCUCGAGGGCCUCGCUGAUGCUCUCAAAUCCGAGAUUACCGCUUCCUUGUCGAAUCUCAUCGAUUCGAUUGUGACCCGCUUCCUGCAUCAGAGACGGUGCAAGAACGACGCGGCCGCCUCGGCGGAGCAGCUCAACAAGGAUCUGCUCAUGGCGUCUCAGCUGCUCGACCGCAAAUCUCCCCGGACCAAGGUAGCCGAACGGCCCAGCGCACCUCCACCAUCAUCCGCAAAUCCUUCAAUCGGUGUGGGCGGCGGAGGUAACCCCCAUACCGGGAGCAUCAGUGGCAGCAACACACAAAUGGUAAAUGGAAAUGGCCCAUGCCAUCCGAUGAUGCCUGCGCAUCAUCAUCACAUGAAUAACAUGCACUCCAAACAAACGAGCGAUUUGCAUAUAAGGCCUCCGAUGUUUCAGCCGCCCAAGCCGCCGGGCAUUAGCCAAGCAGCGCUGUACGCGAUGAACCAUCCUUUCUGCGUUGCCAAGCAGGAGAACAGCCCCGAGCAGAACGAGGCCCUCAGUCUGGUCGUGGCGCCCAAGAAGAAGCGGCAUAAGGUAACCGAUACGCGCAUUACGCCGCGCACGGUCAGCCGCAUUCUCGGCCAGGACGGCAUGGGUAUGUCUCCGGCGUCGAUGGAGCCGAAUUCGUGCCCGUCUCCGAGGCCGCCACCACCCUACCAUCAACCGCCUCCCAUGCUGCCCGUUUCGCUGCCCACCUCAGUGGCCAUCCCCAAUCCGGGUCUGCACGAAUCUCAGGUUUUCUCACCAUACAGCCCGUUCUUCCACGGACCGAGCCAUGGACACCACAUGGCCAUGCAGUUACAUGGUUAUUUGCAACAGGCGUCGUCCUCGCCGCCACGCAUGCAUAAGAUAGAGCGUGAUUCGCCGCCGCUGCAUCAUCCUCCGACGUUACUUCAUCCGGCUCUCCUCGCCGCCGCCCAGCACGGCGGAUCGCCCGACUACGGCCACAUACGCGGCCCCAACGGUGGUAUGAGCAUGGACGCCGACCGAAACUCCGACUGCAACUCCGGGGACAUCUCGUACGACGGAAUGCAGCCUACAUCGUCGACUCUGACGCCGAUGCAUCUGCGAAAAGCCAAGCUGAUGUUCUUCUGGGUGCGCUACCCCAGCUCGGCGGUGCUCAAGAUGUACUUCCCGGACAUUAAGUUUAACAAAAACAACACUGCCCAGCUGGUCAAGUGGUUCUCCAAUUUUAGGGAGUUCUACUACAUCCAAAUGGAGAAGUACGCCAGGCAAGCAGUGUCGGAGGGCGCGAAGAACGCCGACGACUUACACGUCGGUGGAGACUCUGAAUUGUACCGCGUGCUCAAUCUGCACUACAACAGAAAUAAUCACAUCGAGGUAUGGGGCCCACAGGUGCCGUCAAAUUUCCGCUUUGUUGUGGAGCAAACGUUGCGCGAAUUCUUUAAGGCGAUCCAGGAAGGCAGGGAUACAGAACAAUCGUGGAAGAAGUCGAUAUACAAGAUCAUCUCACGAAUGGACGAUCCAGUGCCCGAGUACUUCAAAUCGCCCAACUUCCUGGAGCAGCUGGAGUGACCGGCGCCGGCCGGCAUGCAUUGCACGGAGGCGCUGCCCAACGGUAACGAUAUCGCCAUUUGGUAACGCGCGUUACCAAUCCACACACACACACACGAACACACAUCAACUGCAACAGGGAAAAAGAAGCCACCAACAACACGAAAAACAUAAGGUAUCGUCAUCGUUGGCUAACAACGCAUCGCGCAACUAAUUAUUAACAUAUUUAGAAAUAACAAAAACAAAAUGAUAACUGAAGAUCACACACAUAACAAAGCGGCGGCGGCUUGUAACCAGAGCUACAUGCCGCCAUGACCGCCAUCGCUUAACAUAAUAUUAUUGAGAAUGAAAAAAUCCAACGAAUCGGUGACGCAUGGUGCGUAAGUUUAUUAAAAA